AUGGGAGCGCGCGUGUGGUCGCGCAUUUCCUUUUUUGUACUGCUCUUCGUCCACGACUUGGCCAAGGGAGCCCCCUUGGCACAGGCAUCUUCGGAAGGCCAGUCGGAGGAGCGCAAGAAGCGUUCCAGAUCCAAGAACCGACAAGACAAAGGAAAAGAGGAGGCCAACUACGAUCCUCUCAGGCCUUUCGGCGUCAAGGGAGGCAAAGAGGCCAAAGAAGAGGAAGUGCCAUGGCAGAACACUACUCCUGCAAGAAGAAUCACAGCUCGACGCGCAGACGAGCCCACCGCUGCAGAAGCAGAUUCGUACGCAGUGAAGGACAACACCAAGGUCAUGGCACAGUUGGAAACUAUCCGAUCAGCACUGGGAGACAAUCCAGCAGAAGAGGUUUUAGCAGCUCUGGAAAGUCUGGAUUCCUCAGUGAGAAAGGAUGCUGGCAAGCCAGCAGUAUCAGAAGAUCAAGCUUUGAGUGCUACGCUGGAAAAGGCAAAGCAGAAGCUGUUAGAUCUGGACGCUGCGUGGAAGAGCUUUCAGCAUAUGGCGUCGCAAAGAAUCAAAGAGCAAAAGGACUCUUACCUUGCACAGCGAGUCGAAGCAGUGCAGGUGUAUCAGCAAAGAGUCCAAAAACUGCAAGAAGCAGAACGAGAUCUCAAAUCUCGUACUGCAGAGGCGGGCGCUCUUUCUUUGGAGGACGACAUCGACGACGCAGACCUCCAGGCUAUGUUACAAGUGGCAGCUGGCGGAGAGGCAGACUUUAUCGAUGUGGAUGCUAUGCAGGAAGAAACUGUAGAGCAAAAUGCCUUCACCCUCAAUUUGAAGCCGUUCGGUCGUUUCAAGCCAAACACGACGUCACCGAAACGCAAAAUCGAGGAAACAGGGAAGGAUGCAGAGAAAGAAGAAGGGCCCCCCAAAAGCAAGGGUCCCAAGAAGUAG